UUCUUCUUACAUUUUCCACAUCACACAGACACACACAGAGACACAAAUCAUUCUCUUCUUUUCUCUCCCUUUUUGCAGAACCAAAUCUUCCUCCAAUGGCCGAUCAACUCACCGACGAACAGAUCUCAGAGUUCAAGGAAGCUUUCAGCCUAUUCGAUAAGGAUGGCGAUGGUUGUAUUACUACCAAGGAACUCGGGACUGUAAUGCGGUCACUUGGCCAGAACCCAACUGAAGCUGAGUUGCAGGACAUGAUAAAUGAGGUUGAUGCUGACGGAAACGGUACAAUUGAUUUCCCUGAAUUCCUCAACCUGAUGGCUCGUAAGAUGAAGGAUACUGAUUCAGAGGAGGAGCUUAAGGAAGCUUUCCGUGUGUUCGACAAGGAUCAGAAUGGUUUCAUCUCUGCAGCUGAGCUCCGUCAUGUCAUGACAAAUCUCGGGGAGAAGCUGACUGAUGAAGAAGUUGACGAGAUGAUUCGUGAAGCCGAUGUUGAUGGUGAUGGUCAGAUCAACUAUGAGGAGUUUGUCAAAGUCAUGAUGGCUAAGUGAGGUCACCAAUCAAACCAUAAUUAAAAUUUGAAAAAGCACAUGAACAGAAAAAGGGUCAGGGCAAAUGAGUUUUGAUGAGAAUUAUUAUUCUAUUUUCAUUAUUAGGACAUGUUUUAUUUUGGGUCAUUAGUUUUUUGUUGGUUGGUUUGUUUGCUUUAAUUAUUGCUACUUGCUCAUUAUUAGUAUUCUACUUGUUUGUUCUGUCCCUUUGUUUAAGUAGUUUGAAUUAGUUGUGUUUCGCCAUGCAUUUGUACUUCACUUUUCAUCUCUUUUUUUGGGUUAUUAUUUAUGAACUUUGAACAAUUGGUUGCAA